GAUAAAAAAAUUUAUGCAAAUGUUGCCGAACAUGGCGUCAAAUGAAAAAUUGUAGUGAACAUGAGAUCUAUAAAAGUUAUUCAGUAAAAGUGAAUUAUAUCUAAUACAAAGUUAAAAUAUAUAAUUAAGAACCAAUAAUGAUGGAUGUACCACCUCCACCAAGAGAUUCCAGUCUUCGCAACAUUAUCGACAAAUUGGCAGAAUUUGUUGCACGAAAUGGCCCCGAAUUUGAAAUGAUCACCAAACAAAAGCAGCACGGCAAUCCAAAAUUUGAUUUUCUUUAUGGAGGCGAAUACGCUGGUUAUUAUCAAUAUAGAGUGGUCGCAGAACAAGCGUUUUUGAAGCAACAAAGCGGAAUGCCACAAUCCUCUCCACAUACUUCAGUUCAUCAUAUGCCGCAUAAUCAAAAUCAACAAACACUAUCGCCAGCUCUGCCUCAUCAUUUCACACAAGGUCCGCCAAAUCAAAUGCACAUAGCACAAACAUCGGGAUUAACACAAAAUUCACAUGAUGGAAAUAAUUUCGGUAUGAACUUACAACAACCUCCACCAACUUCCGCAAAUAGUGCGAGUAUAGCAAUAAAUAUAACGGGGCAAAUAGAAGCUAUUAAUAUGCAACAAAACACUUUACGGGAACAAAUUCAUCAGUCCGAGUCGAAUCUCUCCGCACAACAUUCGGCAAUGAUGGCACAACAAUCUAAGCAAGUCGAUGAGGCCAUUGAAACGGCGCAAAAUACGCACUUGGAAAAACAGGCCGAGGAGAAUAGCAUAGCGUUGCGAGAAUUCGAUGGUAUACUGCAGCCAAUUAUUGAGUCCUGUACCAAGGAUAGCAUCUCUGCAGGCAAAAACUGGAUAUUACAGCAUUCAUCCGACAGCGCAAAAAGCAAUGUUGUUUUACAAUAUCUUUUAAAAAAGGCUUUGGUCAAUGGUUCAACGUUUCAACAAAAAUUGCAUCUUAUAUAUUUAGUAAAUGAUAUACUCCAUCACUGCGUACGCAAGAAUUCUCAUGAUCUGAAGAACAAUUUGGAAAAUGUGGUCAUACCGAUGUUUUGCAGUGCAGAUUUAAUCGCAAACGCGGAUCAGCGUGCCAAACUCACUAAACUAUUAUCGCUUUGGGAGUCAAAAGCAAAAUUUUUCGAUGCAUGCGUUAUAUCGAAGCUGCAAUCGCCCGAUUCAUCAAUGCAGGAAUACAAAACAAAUUUGCAGAAUAUGCACCAAGAUAUCGUUACAAAAUUUGCGCAAAGCACGAAGGCCACAUUAGAAAACUACCAGAAACAGCAUCAAAUCUUCAUUCAGCAUGCAACACAACAAAUCACACAAUUGGAGCAACAAAAACAACAGUUGGAACAACAAAUGUUGGCAUCUGUAUUGCCAAAUGCAGCUGCGAUUUUGCCCGCAUCUGCAUCAUUACCUCCGCAGCAGCAGCAACAACAACAACAGCCAGUUGUUUCAAAGAUUCCUCCACUCAUGGCGCAAAAGGUUUCUAUGCCAGAUGAUGACGACGAAAUUAUGAAGCCGCCGGGUGUUGAUGACAGCAAUUAUAAUGGUGGUGGUGGUGUUGGUGGAGGGACCGUUGAUUAUAACAAUGCCAGCAGAAAUCAUCACUAUCAACAACAACAACAAUCACAAAAGCAAAAAUAUGAUAACAUAAAUUAUGGACAGACAAGUGGUCCACAACAAAAUAAUUUCACGCUAGAUAAUAUGACUCAGCCAAGCAAUGCGGGAAAUUUCUUCAUACCGGACCUAUCAAAACCGCCUCCAGGUUUUUCUAGUGGAGCUAAUGCCGCCGUCAAUUCAAUGCCACUUGGUUUACAACAACCAUUUGCCCAAAUGAACAACAUUCCGCAUACUGGCAAUAAUAGCAGCGGUGUAAGCGGUGGCAACAUUGAUGGAGCUAAUCUUACAGCCGCAGGUUCCAACAUAGACGUGCUGGCACUCAAUGCUGCCAUACAAUUAGUUUUGAAACAACAGAAUCAACAAUUGCAAAAUUCUCAGCAGAAUGUAGAGGGAACCGUACAGCAUCUAGCACAUACAGAUUUGUCAACAAAUGUGCCACCGUUGACGCAAGCACAAAUGCCGCCACACCAUAUGCUAGACAAUGAAGAAGUCACAACUGGACAACUGGCCGUUAUGACGCCACAAACUGAAGCAGAGGAAACGAAACCAUCAGCGCCUUACUACGAUUUGCCUGCUGGAUUGAUGGUACCAUUGAUACGUCUAGAUGACUAUAACUACAAACCGCUUGAUCCCGCAGACAUUCGUUUGCCACCACCUGCGCCUCAAAGUGAACGGCUAACUAACGCAUUAGCAGCAUUUUACGCGCCACCGACUCAUGAUCGACCACGUGAUACUGAAGGCUGGGAAAAGCUGGGACUGUACGAGUACUAUAAGGUGAAAAAUGUGGCGAAAAAGCAGAAAGAAGAGGAAAUACAAAAAGGUGAACGCGAAAAAACACGCUCACCCUCGCCGAUUGUUUUGGAAAAGCCAAAAUCUAAAAAACUCAAUAAACGUUGCUAUCGUUCCAAAAGUCGCAGCCGGUCGAAGUCACGCUCACCAUAUCGAUCACCACCUCCAGCUCGUUCAUCCUCCAAUCGCCGCAAUAAUCGUUAUAGCCAACGUAGCCGAUCACCUAGACGAUCACCACAGCGAGAACGAAAUGACCGAGAACGCGAUUCUUCUAGUAGUAGCCGUGAAAAUAGACCGGAACGUGCCAAUCCACGACGUGAGCGGUCUGUUACUCCGCCAAGUUUCUUUGGUGGAAAUUUUCCGAAACCCAAUGAAUUUAUCGAAGAAACCAAUAAGGGGCAUCAAAUGCUGAAGAAAAUGGGUUGGGCUGGCUCAGGUACUGGCCUAGGCUCGAAACAACAGGGUAUUGAACAACCCAUCUCAGGAGGUGAAGUACGCGAUAGAAAAGACAUGUUUAAGGGUGUUGGAAUUAACAUGAAU